CUAGGAAUUUUUCUUCAAAGAACCAAACCACAUUAUAGAACAAUAAGCGUUCCUAGAACCUCCUUACUAUAAAAAGCGGACGUCAUGACAGAAGUAACCCCAUCAUAUCAUAAUUCAUAUCCAUAGUUUCAAAUACACAAUUAAAUUGACUCCAAAAAAAUGAGUACCAACAACCAUCUAAACCAUAGUUUGAUCCUAACCGUGUUGCUACUCAUAGCAUUUGCAACGAAGAGUGAGCAAUCAAAACAGAUUCCAGCACUGUAUGUGUUCGGUGAUUCACUUGUUGACAGUGGUAACAACCACUAUGUGCCAGGAGAGGAUCUGCAAAAUUUCUUUCCUUAUGGCAUAGAUUUCGGCACACCCACUGGUCGCUGCACCAAUGGCAAAACUGUUGCUGAUUUCCUUGCUAUAUACCUUGGUCUGCCUUUUGCCCCUGCGUACUUGGGACUUUCAAGUAAAGGAAAGAGAGUCAUAACUACAGGCAUAAAUUACGCAUCGGCGGGUUCUGGAAUUUUGCCAGACACCAAUAAUAAAACUUCAUUUAUAAUGGACGAACAAAUAAGGGGAUUCGAGAGGACAGUUAAGGGGAUUUUGCCAAAGGGGUUAGGUGAAGAAGCAGUGGAGAAACAUGUAUCUGAAUCCUUGUUUUUGGUAUCUUCUGGUGUGAAUGAUCACUUCAAAAACAGAACAUUUCGUGGUAGUAGGAAAUUUGCUUCCUACCUCAUAAAUGAAUUCAAAAUACGCUUGCAGAUACUUCAUAGCCUAGGAGCGAGAAAAUUCUUUGUGAACAAUGUUCCUCCAGCAGGGUGCUUUCCAUCAAUAUCUCUGCACUCAAAACCAAUAGGAAAGUGUAGUGAGAAGAUGAACAAACGGAUCUCCUUUUACAAUAAGAAAUUGCUUAUUUUACUCCAUGAAUUGCAGACUCAGCUUCCGGGUUUUACCUUUGUCCAUUCAGAUCUCAACAAGAGCAUCAUGGAGAUAAGACAAAACCCACAUAAAUAUGGGAUAGUAGAAGCAACCAAACCAUGUUGCCCUCGAAGCAUCAAUGGUGAUCUGGCAUGCCGUCCGUAUAGUGAUUUUUGUGCAAACAGAAACACAUAUCUUUUCUUUGAUGACCACCCAACCGAGAGAGCCAACCAAAUAUAUGCAAUAAAGUGCUUCAUUGACCAUUCUAUCUGCACUCCUCGCAUAAACAUCAGACACUUUCUAUAACUUAUAAUUUCUUAAAUAAAUCAGGUACCUCUAAGCUAGCGUCUAAGCUCUGAAUCAAUCUUACGAUACUAGUGCUUGGAAUCUGGGUUAUUAAAUUCGAUGGACGUUUAAUAUCUAGAAAGAGUGACUUUGUUUAUUGUACUUGAUGCAUCUUAAUAAUAAUAAUAAUAAUAAUUGAUACGGCCGUUACAAAUCCGAUGUCAUAACUCAGCAUUAUACCUAGCCUUCAACUCAACGGAUUACAUUCUGAAAUAAAAACGUUCGACCUGGUGUUGUCACCUACUGAAUUCUAAUAAUUGAUCUUCAAUGUAGAUGACCAACAAAAGCGUAACCGAUCUAUUUUACUCCACCAAUAAAGGUAUGAUAUUUUAUCCUCAAAAGAUACACUGAAUUCAUAAUACUAACUUAAGCAUUGGAGUGCCUUUUGCAGAUACACUCUCCCUUUGUUCGUACUCUCCGCGACGUGAUGUCACUCUGGGAAAAGAGCUCGGACCUUCCAAGUAUAUAGCUCAGCGUGGAAGGCAACAAGCUUGGCGUCGACUCCCAAAAACCGAAUUACGUCCAAGUUAUUCACACAAGAAUAAUUGGCGCCCACCGUGGGGCUGAAGAUAUAGUUAUUUUCUUUUUUUUUUUCAUCGGCCUCAAUAUUUCCACCUUUAACCAUGGCUGAUCUACCUCCACCUAUGCCGUCCGAACUUCUUUGGAUGGUAACUGAGUUGCAACAAGCCAACUACCGCAUGGUGGAGGAGAAUCAAAGAAUGACAAACUAGAUUGCCGAGCUAACUAAUGCUCAUAUUGAAAACAAUGAUGGUCGUCUAGAACGAACAGAAGAGGCCGAGCACCAAUCUAGUCCAACGUAUGUAUCAGAAACUACUCGGAAUGAAAAAGCUCAACCUCAACGGAACGAAGAAGCUCAACCUCAACGGUACGAAAAAGCUCGGGCAGAAAACGAAAAC